UUUUCCACGCACAAGCGCGCGCGCACUCGGUGACUGUAGAGCCGCGGCGGCGCGCGGAAGGGAAAGUGUUGUUGGUGUGUGUCGUUCAUUCUUCACUACAGCCCGGAAACGUCAAAAAACGACGGAGUGUGACCUGAGCGGCAGUGACGCGCGACAUGGACGGACUGUUUCACCAGUGGGGACCGUCCCCGGUGUCCCAAGGCCCUCCGUACGUGGAGAUAAUGGAGCAGCCCAAAGCACGAGGAAUGCGCUUCCGCUAUAAAUGCGAGGGCCGAUCCGCCGGCAGCAUCCCCGGAGAGAAGAGCAACGACACCACAAAAACACACCCGGCCAUCAAGGUUCACAACUACAGCGGACCCCUGAGAGUGCGGAUCUCCUUGGUAACCAAGAACCAGCCGUACAAGCCACACCCACACGAGCUGGUGGGCAAAGACUGCAAACACGGAUAUUACGAGGCCGAUUUACAGGAGCGGCGGAUACACAGUUUCCAGAAUCUGGGUAUUCAGUGCGUAAAGAAGAAGGAUGUGGGAGAUGCAGUUUCCUGUCGACUGCAAACACAAAACAACCCCUUUAAUAUUCCUGAAGCGAAGAUCUGGGAGGAGGAGUACGACCUGAACGCGGUACGUCUGUGUUUCCAAGUGUCCAUCACACUGCCGAGCGGAGAGCUGUUCCCGCUGGAGCCCGUCGUGUCUCAGCCCAUCUACGACAACAGAGCUCCAAACACCGCUGAGCUCAAGAUCUGUCGCGUCAACAGAAACUCGGGCAGCUGCCGCGGAGGAGACGAGAUCUUCUUACUGUGUGACAAAGUGCAGAAGGAGGACAUUGAGGUGCGUUUUUUCCGGGACUCGUGGGAAAGUAAGGGCUCGUUCUCGCAGGCUGACGUUCACCGGCAGGUGGCUAUCGUGUUUCGCACGCCGCCGUACCGCGACACCAACCUGACGGAGCCAGUGCGGGUGAAAAUGCAGCUCCGCCGGCCGUCCGACCGUGAGGUCAGCGAACCCAUGGACUUCCAGUACCUGCCAGCUGACCCGGACGAGCACAGGCUGAUGGAGAAGCGCAAGAGGACAGAAGGGAUGCUGCAGAAUCUCAAACUCGGCAACAUCAUUUCAGGAUCCUCCGUGCCGACAGACAGACGGCCGUUUACUACGGCGAAACGAACUCUAGCCGUCUCCAAACCACUGGCCGCCACCAGCCUCCCUCCAGCGGCGGCGGCGGCGUCUGCAGGUCCCUCGAUGAAGCCCCAGACGUCCUCGUUCUUCGGCCCUGCUCCGGGGCAGCUGUUCACUCAACCCGCUCAGAGUUCGCUCAAAAUGGAGCCAGCGACCUCCGUGGCCGACACGUGGAAGUUCCUGCAGAGUUUGACCGUAGACAGUCAGCCCAAAGCGGUGGCGGUGAGCAGCUUCACGAGUCAAAGCGUCGCUCCCGCCGGCCUCACGCAGGACUUCCCAACCGUCAACCUGUCGGACCUGCACGACUUCACCUUAAACAACUUCAUCGCUCCGGAGCAGAUCAACACGGCGGGUGCCGUCGGGAACGCCGGAGGAGUUUCCCAAGACAUGCAAAACGCCCUCGGCGGCGCCUUCAGAGUCGACGACGAGCUUCCAGAGUUCCCAAGCUUCUCCGAAGUGCAAAACUCCGACGUCGACAACAUCAACAUCGAGGACUUCCAGGCCAUUUUAGGCGGUGAAUCGAUGGGAAAGCCUGUAUGUCACAUGACUACAACAAACGCCGGCGACGUCCAGGAGCAGCCCGCCGAUCACGCGGCCAACAACUCCACCUGGAUGUCUUUCCCGCCCAGCAUCGCCAACCUCUUACAGAACGAGAACAUGAUGGAAAGCUCGUCGACCCCGGCUCCGCCGUCCGCCGUUCUCGAUGACCUGGACGUGCUGAACUCCAUCGACGACGACCGCUUCAUGUCCAUCUUCACCAGCAACAACCAGAUCGGAUUCCUGUCAGGACACCCGACCUAAACGCUUCUUCUUACACACGAUGGAAGACUGUCGAUCGAAAACUCUUAUUCAUGUAGAGGUGAAGGAUUUAUUAUCGCUUUGAAGAUGAACGGUCAAUCCUGAUAUGGUGCUGAAACACAUGUAAACUCGCCAUCUCUGAACCUUUUCAAACACACGAGAUUAUAAUGGGUGGCGGUUUUGAAUCAGAUGUGCAUCUUGUGUACAAUGUGUCAAAUAUUUUCUGAGGUAGAAGCAGGUUCAGGUGAAUCAACCUCGUCUCUAUAAACACAGUGCCUUAUCAAGCAGCUCAGCCAAUCACUGCGCAGAAUUAGAAACACUGAGCUUUAGUCACCAAGUCCUUACAGAAUCUAUGAUUAUAUUACUAUUGUACAGUAGAAUGUACUCCUGAAAUGUAAGUAUAUCUUAAAAACACAUUAUCUUUAAAGGAAUGUCACACAAUUUUCUUCUUCAUUUUAGUUUUAACAGUAAACCUGCAGCUUUGUUACACUUCCAGUUUUAAAGGAUUCAUUAGUUAAUUAAUUGUAAAACCAUAAUUUUGAUGAUAAAUUUGUAUUGGAUCAUAAAUCCAGAAAAAUUAUAACACAACUGAUUUAAAUAAAACUUUGUUUUCAUAGGGCCUUAUUAUUGUGAAAAUGUUAAUAAAUUAUUAAAAAUAGUUAAAGUGUUAUAAAUUCAGUUGAUUACACAUCCUUUUUGAUUAUUCAAAUUUAAACCAUUAAAAUGUAAUCCAGAAAAAUUAAAACAGAAAACAUGGAACAUGGGAAAAAUGCAAUGGAAUUUGGGGGGAAAAACUAAUUGUUGUUAAACUGUGUAAGUUUCAGAAUUUCAAUUUUUGGAUUACUAGAAUUUAAUUUAACUAUUAAAAUGAAAUCCAGAAAAAAUAAAACACAUUAAGCCGAUUUCAUAAGGCCCUAAAAAUAUCAUUUUGAUUUCAAUAAAUUAGACAUGGUUUUUAAUUACUAAAAUAAAUAAAUAAAUUAAACAACAAAACAAUGGAAUUUGGGAACGGAUUUCAUAGAGCACUAACCAGAAUCUCUAGGGAUGCAUGAUAUAUCUUAUAUAUCUAUAUAUUUUUAAUGUUAUCGGCCCAAUGAGAAAAUUUGUCCGGUAUAUUAAAGCCGAUUUCCUUCAGAUGCGCACUGUCCGCCAUGAUGGUUUUGAAUUGCU